CUCGCGGACUCUGCGGGCGUAGGAGGGACGUCCGAAGGAGGCGCGGGGACCUGGUCAGGGUCCAGCCGUCGGAACCCCGGCCUCAAGCGGGAAGGGGCUCCGGAGCUGCGGGGAGGCAAGAUGACUUCUCUCCCCCAAACUUGAAACAGCUGAAGGAAACAACAGUACAAGAUGAGAACAACAAAGGUCUACAAACUCGUCAUCCACAAGAAGGGCUUCGGGGGCAGUGACGAUGAGCUAGUCGUGAACCCCAAAGUAUUUCCACACAUCAAGCUUGGAGACAUCGUAGAGAUUGCCCACCCCAACGAUGAGUACAGCCCUCUGCUUUUGCAGGUCAAGUCACUUAAGGAGGAUUUGCAGAAAGAAACUAUCAGUGUGGACCAGACGGUGACUCAGGUGUUCCGGCUAAGACCUUAUCAAGAUGUGUAUGUGAAUGUUGUAGACCCUAAGGAUGUGACCCUUGACCUUGUGGAAUUAACCUUUAAGGAUCAGUAUAUUGGCCGUGGGGAUAUGUGGCGACUAAAGAAAAGUUUGGUCAGCACAUGUGCCUAUAUCACUCAGAAGGUGGAAUUUGCUGGCAUCAGGGCACAGGCUGGUGAGCUGUGGGUCAAGAAUGAGAAGGUCAUGUGUGGUUAUAUCAGCGAAGAUACCAGGGUGGUGUUCCGUUCUACGUCGGCUAUGGUUUACAUAUUUAUUCAGAUGAGCUGUGAAAUGUGGGAUUUUGAUAUUUAUGGGGAUCUGUAUUUUGAGAAAGCUGUGAAUGGUUUCCUUGCUGAUCUCUUUACCAAGUGGAAGGAGAAGAACUGCAGUCAUGAAGUGACAGUGGUCCUGUUUUCUAGGACUUUUUAUGAUGCAAAAUCUCUUGAUGAAUUUCCUGAAAUAAACAGAGCCUCAAUUAGGCAGGAUCACAAGGGGCGAUUCUAUGAAGACUUUUACAAGGUGGUGGUGCAGAACGAGAGGCGGGAAGAGUGGACCUCGCUCCUCGUGACCAUCAAAAAGCUCUUCAUCCAGUACCCAGUGCUGGUGCGGCUGGAACAGGCAGAGGGCUUUCCUCAAGGAGACAAUUCUACCUCAGCACAAGGAAAUUACCUAGAGGCCAUCAACCUGUCCUUCAACGUGUUUGACAAGCACUAUAUCAACCGCAACUUUGACCGAACCGGGCAGAUGUCGGUGGUGAUCACACCCGGGGUGGGCGUGUUCGAAGUGGACCGGCUGCUCAUGAUCCUGACCAAGCAGCGGAUGAUAGAUAACGGAAUCGGUGUGGACCUGGUAUGCAUGGGGGAGCAGCCGCUGCACGCGGUCCCGUUGUUCAAGCUGCACAAUCGGAGUGCCCCUCACGACUCCCGUCUGGGCGAUGACUACAACAUCCCUCACUGGAUAAACCACAGUUUCUACACAUCCAAAAGCCAGCUCUUUUGUAAUAGUUUCACUCCACGAAUUAAACUGGCAGGAAAGAAGCCCACCUCUGAGAAAGCAAAAAACGGCCGUGAUACAUCUCUCGGGACCCCCAAAGAAUCUGAGAACGCCCUUCCCAUCCAGGUGGAUUACGAUGCUUAUGACGCACAAGUCUUCAGGCUCCCGGGCCCCUCCCGGGCUCAGCGCCUCGCCACCUGCAGGUCUGUGCGAGAGCGGGAGAGUCACAGCCGGAAGAGCGCCAGCUCCUGUGACGUUUCGUCCAGUCCUUCGCUGCCCGGUCGGACGCUGCCCACGGAGGAGGUGAGGAGCCAGGCUUCCGACGACAGCUCGCUGGGCAGGAGCGCCAACAUCCUGGUGAUCCCUCACCCCCACCUGCACCAGUACGAAGUCAGCAGCUCCCUGGGCUACACCAGCACUCGAGACGUCCUGGAGAACAUGAUGGAGCCACCGCAGCGGGAUUCCAGCGCGCCGGGCCGGUUCCACGUGGGCAGCGCGGAGUCCCUGCUGCACGUCCGCCCCGGGGGGUACGCGCACCAGCGGGCGCUGAUUAACCCCUUUGCGCCCUCGCGGAUGCCCAUGAAGCUCACGUCCAACAGGAGGCGCUGGAUGCACACUUUCCCUGUGGGACCAUCCGGAGAGGCCAUUCAGAUCCAUCACCAGACCCGACAGAACAUGGCAGAGCUGCAGGGCAGCGGACAGAGGGACCUGACCCACUCCUCCGCGGAGCUGCUGGAGCUGGCAUACCAUGAGGCCGCCGGCAGGCACAGCGCUCCCCGGCAGCCCGGCGACAGCACGUCCUUCUUGAGCUUCGCUGCGACGGAGGAGCUCUCGGUCAGCCUGCUCAGCGGCAGUGGUGCAGGUGUGAAUCCUCGGACCCAGAAUAAGGAUUCUCCAGAGGACAGUGUGUCUACCUCUCCAGACCCAAUUCUGACGCUGUCUGCUCCCCCUGUAGUGCCAGGCUUCUGUUGCACAGUUGGUGUGGAUUGGAAGUCACUCACGACUCCUGCGUGCCUCCCCCUCACCACGGACUACUUCCCCGACCGCCAGGGCCUACAGAACGACUACACGGAGGGCUGCUACGAUCUCCUCCCAGAGGCUGACAUCGACAGGAGGGACGAGGAGGGUGUGCAGAUGACGGCCCAGCAGGUGUUUGAAGAGUUCAUCUGCCAGCGGCUCAUGCAGGGUUACCAGAUCAUUGUUCAGCCCCGUGCACAGAAGCCCAGCCCUGCCGGCCCACCGCCACUCAGCAGCAGCCCGCUCUACAGCCGGGGCCUUGUGUCCCGAAACCGCCCAGAGGAGGAAGACCAGUACUGGCUGAGCAUGGGCAGAACCUUCCACAAAGUCACACUGAAAGACAAGAUGAUCACAGUGACCCGGUACCUUCCCAAGUACCCAUACGAGUCUGCCCAGAUCCACUACACCUACAGUCUCUGCCCCUCCCACUCCGAUUCAGAGUUCGUCUCCUGUUGGGUGGAAUUCUCGCAUGAGCGACUGGAGGAGUACAAGUGGAAUUACUUAGAUCAGUACAUCUGCUCUGCCGGCUCCGAGGACUUCAGCUUAAUCGAGUCCCUGAAGUUCUGGAGGACACGCUUCCUGCUGCUGCCGGCCUGCGUCACUGCCACCAAGCGUAUCACGGAGGGAGAGGCCCACUGCGACAUCUAUGGGGACCGGCCGCGGGCAGACGAGGAGGAAUGGCAGCUCCUGGACGGCUUCAUUCGCUUCGUAGAGGGCCUGAACCGCAUCCGCCGGCGGCACCGCUCCGACCGCAUGAUGCGGAAAGGGGCCGCCAUGAAAGGCUUGCAGAUGGCCGGGCCCAUCCCCACACACUCCCUUGAGUCGGCCGGCCCCCCGGUUGGGAAGAAGGGAACCUCAGCUCUGUCUGCCCUGCUGGAGAUGGAGGCUAGUCAGAACCAGAUCAAGUCCCCUCUGUGCGCCCCGCUGUCUGUCUGGUGGUCUGGGGGGUUCCGAGCCAUGCCUGCAGGAGCCCACAGAUGUUGAGCUUUCAGAAGGUAAUGUGAGAGAGCUUGUGGCCCAACGGGAGAUGCAAUUGGAAAGACAGCGUGGGAAGUCAGACUCGAAGCUGUUCCUACAUGUUCCCAUAGCAAGAGCAGCCAUUUAAAAGUUUAUUUUAAUGUAAAAUUUCAAACAUUAAAAAAAGUAGAUUCGCAUAAUAAAUCCCCGUUUACCCAUCACCCAGCUUCAAUGAUUAUUAACUCAGGGCCAAUCUUGUUUGAUUUAUAUCCCAGUUGCUUCUCUUCCUUUUAUUUCUUAUAAAACCCCAGACAUCUCAUCUCUUCCUCUAUAAGAUUUCAGUGUGCAUCUCUGAAAGAUAAGUACUCUUCAAGCUGUAAUAUCGUAAUUCACCUAAGAAGUCACAGCAGUUCCUUAAUAUCAUGAAAUAUUCAUUCAGCAUCUUUGGCAGAAGUGGUGUUUGCAGAGAUUGGUCCUGCAUAUGGGAAGUCCUGGUGGACAGGCUCAGGAGGCAGAGGCCUCACUGGUCCAGGCAAGAGGCUGAAGAGGCUGGAGGCGAGGAUGGGGUAGAGAGGAAGGGAUGCAGCGGGGAGGGAAGAGAGUGGCCAGGGUGACGUGGAGGAGGGAGGGCGGGGCAGGCAGAUGACAGGCAAAGCUGGGAUAGGUCAAGCCUGUGAUUGAGGCUGCUGGGGCCUCCAGAAAAUCUGACCCAGGAAAGACCCCAGAACUCUGCCUGCAGAUUGUCCCUUAGCUAAUCACAGACCUUUCCCGCUGGAAAAAAAGAACAAGGAACAUAUGUUGCUGGGAGGGGUGUGAAGCUGGGGGCGGGGGAAUCUUAUUUUAAUGUGUCAGUGAGUCAUUGUUCCGAGCGCUCCAAGGAGCCUCUUUCUGCUCAGAUGGAAAGAGGAGGGAUGUCUUGGGGUGACAGUGUCCCCUAAUGUGUGUGAGGAGCUCAGCUGACCCCAUAGCAGGAGGCAGGACAGGGUGCCCUGAGAUGUAUUCUCCCCGAGAUGGGCGCUCCUGGGGGACGUGGUGCCUCUUCUCAGAGCUGGAGGCUGAGCAGAGGGAGCCAGGCCUUUAUGUAAUGUUUGCUCAUGUGGCAUUUUUUACCUUGUGCUUUUCUUUAUUUUUUGCUACACCAAGCAGAUCCAGUUUUAUUAUGGAAAACUGUGUUGCAGCAAUAUGAAGAAGAGGUUUAGAAGUUCCACCUGUAGUCCUGCCAUCUUAUCACGUGUGUCGGUUUCCUCCGGUUCCCCUGAGUCUUUGCCUGGAGGCGCUCACGUGGCGUCAGGCUCUCGUGGGAGGCAGGGGCCAUGGGAGAAGGGCCGUGGGCAGUGUGGGCUCUGUGGCUUCUGUUUGGUGGAGAUACACUGACAUCAGGGAGUCAGAGCAGGGAGCGAGCCCACCUGGCAGUCGUCAUGGCCUCUGGGAAGAAGGCAGUGUGCCUCAUACGUGUCUCAGGUGUGGGCGUGCACAGGAUAGCAGUGUUUUUUGGUGGCAUCCCCUCCCCUGAGCUGUGGAGCCUCCAAGGGCAAGGAUAGGUCCUAGGUGUCUCUAAAUCCCCAACUCCUGGUCCACAGGUCAGCACAUAGACAGCAGCUCAGGACGUGAGGGUUGUCACAUGCAUCAGAUGAGGGAGCCCUGGGGCACAGCCAGGGAACACCGCCACGGCUCCCAGGAAGCACAGGCGGACUUCCCAGUGUGUGUUUGUGGACGAGGCCCAGAGGAACAUGCCGUGAUGGGAUGCAGAGACGGCACAAUGUACGGGGCUCAGGCGGAGUCAAACUUUUAGUCCGCUGUUCAUAUAUGAAUCACCCCUCAGAGUAGCCAAGCGAUUGGUGUGGGGAGGUGUCUGUCUCUCCAGUAUUCAAGCUAAUGGGUCCAGAGGGAGCGCUCAAACCACGUGUGGGCUCCUCUUCGCUUACGGAUCUAGCAGAGGUCACCUGUGACUGCUCACAUCACCAGACGCCGAAGCCUCCAGGUAGAAGCACACAGCAUGCUUGAGGAGAAGGUCCUGCCCAUCAAGCCUAAAUGUGCUCAAACCUCUAGAUACAAUUUCUAGUUCUCAGAAAGUGCUGCGCACAGAGGGGCAGGGUAAACAAUGAACGGAUGUGAUGAGCACAUCCAGAUGGUAAAUUUACAGGACCAGUGAGCUCUUUUCUCCCACAGAUAAAGCUUCCAGCUCAAAGGAUGCUCGAGAGACAUGACUGACUGCAGCGUAGGGACCUUAACUGCAUCCAGCAAGCACACUGUAAAAAGUUUUUUUGGAGACAAUUAGAGAAAUAUUUGAUACUAGAAAAUUUUUAAAAAUUUAAGUGUGUUGAUGGGAUUGUUAUUCUUUUAUUUUCUUCUAGAGAUGCAGUAUACACUGAAGUAUUUAUAGAUGAAAUAAUAGCAUGUGUGAGUUUUGCUUCCAAAUAAUCGAGGUGGGUAGGUAUAGAUGGGACAAGAUUGGCUCCAUCAUAAAUGAUCCUGGGGUCCAGGUAGAUCAUGGGUUCGAUUACAUGAUCCUGUAUUUUCAUAUGGGUUUGAAAAUUUUCCAUGAUAAAAACCAAAAAGAAUUUGGGGGCUCAUUUGAGUUACAGUUUGUUAUUGUUUAGUCGUUAAGUCAUGUUUGAUUCUUUUUGUGACCCCGUAGACUGACCCAUCACCGACU